AUUAAAUGGAUUUAUUCAUCGAAUCCUUCAAAUUAUCAUUUAUUGUAGCAAUUUUAUAUAUCCCAAUUUCUUGUAACAUAGUACUUGGUAAAUGGCUAAUUAAUAAUUAUUAUGGUGUUAUUUUAUUAUAUAUACACACACACACAAAUGUAAGCAUGCCUAAGGAUGAAUAUAAAAGAGAGAAAAACUUGAGGCUAUCAGAAUAUUAUAAUUAUUGAGAUGGUAGGAAGCGAUCCAUAAAGCAGACAGCAUUGCAUAUGCUCUGCACAACCUCUGGUUUCUCAUUUUUAUUAAACUAAUAAUACAAUUACAAUAUAGCAACUACUGCCUUUCUUUUUUUUUUAUUUUAUUUAUCAUAUUCCAAAUACCAUUCUACUUUCCUCCAAUUGCAGCAAAGAGAAGAAUAUCAACAAGCUAAGGAGGGAUGAAUAAUGUCAAAAAUGAAUCGGAGGAGAAGAAGAAGAAGAAGAAGGAGAUUGAGAGAGAGGAAGAGUUAACAACAGUGCUUGAUGGUGUUAACAAUGAUAAUGAGGAUUUAAAAAGAGUGCAGCCAUGGAAUAAACAGAUCACAGUUCGCGGAGUAAUUGCAAGUAUAUUAAUUGGAUCAAUAUUCAGUGUUAUUGCAAUGAAGUUGAAUCUUACAACCGGGAUAACUCCGAACCUGAAUGCGUCGGCAGCUCUUCUUGCAUACAUAUUCAUUAAAGCAUGGACUAAACUUCUUCACAAAUUCGGAAUGGUUUCGGCACCUUUCACUAAGCAGGAGAAUACUAUGAUUCAAACAUGUGUUGUUGCAUGUUAUAGUAUUGCAAUUGGAGGGGGAUUUGGAUCUUAUUUGUUGGGAAUGAACAUAAAAACAUUUGAGCUGUCAGGUGGUCGGAGUACGGAGGGGAAUACUCCGAGCAGUAUUAAAGAGCCCGGGAUUGGCUGGAUGACUGGCUUCCUCUUUCUAGUCUGUUUCAUCGGCCUUUUCGUUUUGAUUCCUCUUCGUAAAAUCUUGAUAAUCGACUACAAGUUGACCUUCCCAAGUGGCAUGGCAACUGCAGUUCUUAUCAAUGGUUUCCAUACCAGAGGCGACAAAAUGGCCAAGAAGCAAGUGAGGGGUUUCAUAAAGUCCUUCUCGAUGAGUUUCCUGUGGGGAUUUUUCCAGUGGUUUUACACUGCAAAAGAGCAAUGUGGUUUCUCACAGUUUCCUACAUUCGGACUGCAAGCAAGGAAGCAAACAUUUUAUUUUGAUUUUAGCUUGACAUAUGUCGGGACUGGAAUGAUAUGCUCACACAUUGUGAACUUGUCGUUGCUUCUCGGAGCAGUGCUUUCAUAUGGUAUGAUGUGGCCAUUAAUCAGAAAGCUUAAAGGAGAUUGGUUCCCAUCAGAUAUGCCUGAGAGCAGUAUGAAGAGUCUUAACGGCUACAGGGUAUUUAUCUCCAUUGCCCUCCUUCUUGGUGACGGGCUCUACAAUUUCAUUAAGAUAUUACGCAUCACAAUCGUUAAUGUCCACACCAGGUUUAACACCAAAAAUCUCAACUCAGCUGGAGGAGCAAAUGAGGAGAAAGGCCCAAGUGAUCUUAGACAAGAUGAGGUUUUCGUAAGAGAAGGUAUCCCAAUGUGGAUAGGGGCCGUUGGUUACGUAACCCUAGCCAUUAUAUCAGUUAUAGCAAUUCCGUUCAUAUUUCCAGAGCUCAAGUGGUACUUUAUUCUCACUGCAUACAUUUUCGCUCCGUCUUUGGCAUUUUGCAACGCGUACGGAGCUGGAUUGACUGAUAUAAACAUGGCUUACAACUACGGCAAAGUCGGACUAUUCACAAUUGCUGCAAUGUCCGGCAAAGAGAAUGGGGUGAUAGCUGCAAUGGCUGCUUGCGGUCUGUUCAAAUCGAUAAUAAACGUUUCUUGCAUUCUCAUGCAAGACUUCAAAACGGGGCAUCUAACAUUGACAUCACCAAAAAUAAUGUUGCUUAGCCAGGCAAUUGGAACAGCUCUGGGCUGUAUAGUUUCGCCUUUGAGCUUCUUUAUGUUCUACAAAGCGUUUGAUAUCGGAAAUCCAGAUGGAGAAUUCAAGGCACCUUACGCUAUAAUAUACAGAAACUUGGCAAUAAUUGGGGUGCAAGGAUUUUCUGCUCUGCCACAGCACUGCCUGCAGCUAUGCUACGGAUUCUUCGCUUUUGCAAUAGGGGUUAAUUUAGUGAAAGAUAUUUCACCAAAGAGAAUAGGGAAAUGGAUGCCACUCCCAACGGCAAUGGCUGUGCCGUUUCUGAUUGGAGGGUAUUUUGCAAUUGAUAUGUGCGUUGGGACAGCUAUCGUGUUUGUGUGGCACAAAAUAAACUCUAACAAGGCAGAGCUGAUGGUUCCUGCAGUAGCUUCAGGUUUGAUAUGUGGAGAAGGUAUUUGGACACUUCCUGCUUCUGUUUUGGCACUUGCUAAAAUCACUCCACCAAUCUGCAUGAAUUUCUUGCCAGCCUAAUAAGUAAUAAUGCAUGGGAUCUUUUUUUCUCUUUUUUUUUUCUUUUUUUUUUCUUUUUCUUUUUUUUAUAGAUAAAUCUCUGUGUCAAGUAAUUGUUAUAGAUUGUUAUAGUGCAUGCUAUAACUAUAAUAAUAAAGAGAAUAAUUAAUCAUGCAGUAGCCUUCUCUAGUACCUUCAUCUAUCUUGACCAAACAUCAUAUUUACUUUGUGAUUGGUAUUA